AGAGUCAUGGUUUCAAGAGACGGAGAGAGAGAGAGAGCGGAAGGCCGCGUGUUUUGGUGGAAGCCUUUUCGGGGGAUAAAAAUUUCACCGGCUCGUAAAUUUUAAUAGCUGACCCGGCGGCGGCGUUCGUACGCGUGUGAUACGGGGUUUGUUUUGCGCGUUCGGUCUUCCGCGAGGGUUAUCGCGUAUGGUCCGAAUAUUGGAACCGGAAGUUCGAGGUCUACCUUUAGGCGAGUUCUCAGUCUUGAGUUAGUGUGUGAGUUUUAAUUAUUGCCUCCCCCCUCCUUUUUUGGGUGGUGGUCACUUGCUGAAGAUGCACCCAGGGUGAUGCUGGGCAGUAGCGGUGGAAAGUGGUGUGUGUUACAUAAUUCAGCAGUGGCCGAUUCGGGAGCAAAAACCAUGAUGAUGAUGACGACGACGAUGGUGUAAACGUUUAGUGUGUAAACAAGAUCUCUCUCACCCGCGCGUGGUUUGCUGCUGCUGCCUGGUUGUUGGAAUGUGACGAGAGGAAACACCGAACAGGAUCGGUUCGGCAGGAAGUGAUGCUAAGGGCGUUCCGCGCUGAUGCUCUGGUCUGGGCAGUUUAUGUUGUAUAUUUGGAAGUCGGAAUAUUUUUUUCGCGACGCCCCGAAUGCUAAAGUGGGAAACGCGUUUAGUAGCCGUGUGAAGUCCAUUUCCGAACGUUGCAGUUUUGUGAAAGAUGCUGUGAAGAGUUCCAGAGGAGAGGAAGCUCUUAUCAGUGGGUGGAAGGAACUUCCACCCAUACACGCGCGCGUCAGGCUCUGCCGAGGAGAGAGUGAUAAAAGUGAAAGAGAGUGCAGGAGUGAGAGAGGACGAUGCUGUGCGAGUAGGAAAGAGUACGCGUGUACGUAAAUAAAUCAUUCCGCUCAGAUGAUUGAUCUUCGAGAAGGAGGACAACGGCUGUAAUAACAAAAACAAUAACAACAACAACGACGACGUCGACGACGAGUUGCACACGGCGUUAGCGCGAGUGAGUGAGUGUGCGUGACGACGGUGCAAACGGGGCCUAAAAACUCGCAGGAAGACAGGAAGGCUCUCGUGCUGGAAGAAAUCGAUCCGAGAAGAAGUUCGCGUGCAGAUCGCAAGAGUCCUUGCAGAGGUUCGAAAGUGCGUGGUGCAGCAAUUCCGGGGCACGUGUGGUCCUCCAAAAUCGCGACCCCCAAGGACCGUGAAGUGCGUGUGAAGCUAUGCGGACAGGCUAACUUUUGGCGUGACAAGGCCCUAGACCGAGAGCGCGAGGAAGAGAGAGAGAGAGAACAGUGCAAAACACCGUUUUUUCUGCCUUCGUGUCAACGCUCGAAACGGUUGACGGUGAGAACCCGGAGAGGAACAGCACGACGACGACGUUUUUGACACACAGACGGAUUCGCGAGGAAAAUCUGGCGAGGAAAUUUUUCUACCGUACUCUAGCAGCGUUUUAGGCUGGUAGCCAAUCUUUGGCCGAAAAUUUGCAGGCAUUCGGGCGCAGGGGGCUGCAUUCAUAGUUGUUAUCUCUAGCUAGUGUUUAGAAGUGCGUGUUUAUCGGAUCGUCUAUUGCCGUUUUGCGUGUUUUCGUAGUCUUUCGCGUGAGUUUUCCGUUCAUGUUCCAAGUGCCAUUCGAGACACCCCCGCGCGGUCUCGAAGAAAACCCGAAAAAAGUGAGCUUGCAGCCGUCGUGCAAAUCUUACAAGUGUCUAAUUCGUCUCUGUAUCACCAUCCUCUAGCAAACCCCUUCCAAGUACCCUUAGAAAAAUAAAAUAGGAAAAAAAGAUAAACGAAAACCAUUCCAGCCACCUUCGCGAAUCACUGUGUAAAAAUUUCCAACCCUUUUCUCGCUGAUUGUAUCACCAGUUGGAAACCCGUUCGCCGUCUCGUAUCAAUGUUGUUAUCUUCGGAAGAAUAAGAAGAAAAAAAAAUCACACGGCCAAACCCAUCAUCGUUCAACAACACACCCAUACAUGUAUACCGUUUGUUUAAGCGAGACAACCAACAACAAGAAAAAUAACCUAGGAUUUAAGAUCUGCUCAUUAAUAUCCACAGUGUCUAACACAAACUAGUAGUAAGUGUUUUUUUUAUAAUCACCGAUAAAAAAUACGGCACAAAAAUUGCCACACCGAAUACAGGAAUCUACUAGCGUUGUAAGUGUUCAUAACCAGUACCUCCUCACACACAAACAAACCCAGCCUCCUUCCCCCUCCCCGCCCAAGUACGAAAACAAAAAAUCCACAUUUAAGGGGCGAGCAAGAAAAACGAAAUUAAAAUCCCCCUCGAUGACACCAAAACCGAUGAUAGCCUAAUGCCAAGUGAUAGAACUGGAGCAAACCAACAAAAACCCGAAGUGUUGCUGUUGUUGUUCUUGUUAAAAAAGAAGAAGUGUUGUUACUACUAGUAGUGAAUGUUGCAGUGAAGUGAAGUACCUUCGUCGUCCCUUCGAGCACUUUUUCGGUGGUCCAACAACGAGGACGACAGUGACCGAAGAAGAGGUUAGAAAAUAAAUAAACAAACGAAACUUACGCACGCAUCAUGGAGCAACACUGCUGCAGCUGCCGCCGAGGACGUCGAUGUCAACGGGGAGGACCCCCAGCGAUGGGGCUGAUGAUGCUGGUGCUACUGCUGCUGGCAACGGUGCUGGUGGCCUGCGUUGGGCAGCAUCAUGCCGCCGGACUACACAAAAGAGAAGCUGAUUACACUCUAGAUGACUCGUUUUGGAAUGAGGAAAGUCCUGUCGGUGAGGUGGAGCGACUCCUCAAGGAGCACCAGCAGAACCAGGAGCUGGUGGAUAAGAUCGGUAGCAACUUCUAUCAGAUCAUCUAUCCGGUGCAGCUGCGGCACCACGAGAAGAUGGGCAUCUCGACGCGAGAAGUCGGCGCACCAAAGUUUCCAGCUCGUGGUGGCUACGAAGGCAGCUACUCUGGAAGCGGAGGUGGCCGAGGACGUUCGAGGACGGGGAAACACUUUCAUCGAACAUCACUUUUGAUAAAAGCUUUUAAUCAUAAAUUUCGGUUAGACUUGGAAUUAAAUACACAAUUACUAGCUCCUAAUAUUGUACAGAAACACUAUCUCCCCAGCGGGUUCGCGCAGGAUUCACAUCGAGAAAUCGAACACUGCUACUACCACGGUACGGUCAAGGACUACCCGGGAGCUAGUGCCGCCUUCCACACCUGCAACGGCGUCAGCGGGGUGAUUCACGUCGGGAACGAAACCUUUGUUAUACAUCCAUUUUAUGGGGGCGAUCUGUCGAAACAUCCACAUGUUAUCUUCGAGGCACGUACAAAAUCAAACAAGGGCUGUGCUAAUUCCGGCAAUCUGGAGUGGCGGACGCGGUCGAUCCGCCGUCAGGGUGGCCACCACUCGGGACUGGUGGACUCGCAGGACGCGAACGGAGCCGGACGGUACCGGCGGGACGUGCGCGAGACCACCAAGUACAUCGAAACGGCGCUCAUCAUCGACAAGGCGAUGUUUCAGAAGCGCAACGGGAGCACCCGGGCCGAGGUGGUGCACGACGCCAUCCAGGUGGCGAAUAUUGCCGAUCUGUACUUUCGUACGCUCAACACACGCGUGUCGGUUGUUUAUAUAGAGACGUGGCAGGGCCAGAACCAGGCGCAGAUCGACGGUGGCAAGGAUAUUAGUAAAGCAAUAUCUAAUUUUAACGAUUAUACAUCUAGGAAUUUAUAUAAAAUAGAUAAGGAUACGACGCAGCUGCUAACGGGUGAAACGUUCGCCGGCGGCGAAGCGGGCAUGUCCGUGCCGGAAACCGUCUGCACCCCGAAAGCAGUCGGCAUUAGUGUAGAUAUCAAUACGUACGAGCCGCACCUGCUUGCAGGAACGAUGGCGCACAUGAUCGGACACAACAUCGGCAUGGGUCACGACGACAACCGUGACGAGUGCAUUUGUCGUGACUGGCACGGCUGUAUAAUGUCCCAGUCAAUUGUCGGUUUGGAGAACGUCCAGCCGUAUAAAUUCUCCGAGUGCAGUCGAUUGGACUAUAUUGAUGCACUGCGGAUCGGACACGGCCUCUGUUUAUUGAAUAAACCGAACGAGGUCGAGCUCCGUAAGAACUGCGGCAACGGGAUCGUGGAGGACGACGAAGAGUGCGACUGCGGCAGCGCUCUGGACUGCGACAAGACGGACCCGUGCUGCGACGGCAUCACCUGCAAGCUGAAAAAGGAAUCCCAGUGCGCCACUGGACCAUGCUGUGAUAAAUGUAUUCUAAAGCCUCCGGGCGUGAUCUGCCGGGAUGCGCACAACGAGUGCGACCUGCCGGAGUACUGCAACGGGGAAUCCGGACAGUGUCCGCCCGAUGUACAUAAGAAGAACGGGAACCCGUGCGGGAUGAACGCGACCGGAUUUUCCACCGGUUACUGUUUCAACGGAGUCUGUCCGACGACGGCAGCCCAGUGCGAACGGAUCUGGGGCUACAGUGGCACCGGAGCCGAUCGGGUCUGCUACGAGCAAUUCAACUCGAAGGGUUCGAUCAACGGACACUGCGGGAAAGACACCAGCGGCAACUACAUCAAGUGCGAACCGGAAAAUAUCCAGUGCGGUUCGCUGCAAUGCAAGGACGGUGACCGGACGCCGGUGGAGGACUGCAGUGACCAUCUUUACUCUAGGGCAAUUAUUUCAAUUAAGGGCAUCGAGUACGAGUGCAAAAAUGAUGCAUGUUCUCCCGUUGUUCCUUCCUCGUCCCAUCGCCAUUACAGGUCGAUCACCGGUUCGUCAACGGGGGCGGCCAAACCGCCGUUCGGUUUGGUGCGCGACGGCACACCCUGCGGGGACAAUCUGAUCUGCGUCAACCAGACCUGCGUCAGCAUUUUCCCGUACAUCGACCAGACCAAGUGCCCCAGCAAUCACAACAAUCUGGAGUGCUCCGGGAACGGGGAUUGCACCAACACAAACAAGUGCUUUUGCAAGUUCGGCUGGACCGGACCGGACUGCUCGAUACAGGCUCAUAUCACAACGACGUACGCAACCUCGGUGACGUCCACAACGCCGGAGGGUCUCUCCGCCGUAAUGGAAAAGAAAACCACUCGAUACGCAAACUACCACGGCUCAAACACAGUGUUUCUAGUCGGUGUGUUAAUGUCGGUCGUUGGGGGUGUUUUUGUAAUGUUUGCUCUGAUGGCUUUGUGCUACAGGUCAGUUGUAGUACAUAAUAACUUCUCCUUGUGCCUAAGAAAGAAAACCACUCGCCUUAAAUACGACCCGCCGUACGUGAAGAAACCGAUGGCCAAAUACGUGGGCGGGGCCGCCAACGCUAACCACCACUCCCAGGACGAUAUCUCGCUCGAGGGCUCCAACAAGAUGAUGUUCGGCAACCAGACGACGCAGUUUAGGGAUCACAAAUCGAUCCGCAGGAUGACCGGAACCUCGGGCAGCGAAGAGGAUCCAACGCAUUCCGGCGAAGAAGAGACAGUAUCGUUCAUCGAUCUACCCCCAAACAAUAUCUCGAAACUUCCAGAGAAGGGCAUACUUAAAAAGCACGGAUUCGGUCUAGUGCUAGCCGAUGGCAAUAAAGAAAAGUGGCCCGACGAUACACAGUCCGAUAAUCUCGAAUUGAUAGCUCAGCAAGAAUCCACUAUUCCUCCAUCAGGUGGCCAGGUGGGCGCAGCGGUAGUCGGUCCCGUCUCGGAUGUCGAGCGUACGAUGAAGAGCCUCAAUGGUUAUCACGAGGAUAUCCUCGAAGCCCUCCGACGAUCGGCCGCCCAGGUGCCGCGUAGUAGCGCCAACACCCCAUCCGGUAGCAUCAGCGAAGAACUGCUCCGGAAGACGCUGUCCGAUUGUGUCGCACUACAACUGGGGGCACCCAGCGUCUAUCCGACUGAGCGGGAGUACAAACGGAGCAGCAGUUCACGGACCGGCUCCAAGGAGAACAUCUGCGAUCCCCAGCAGCACAUACUAAGCGAUACGGGAGCCACUUCGGCACUGCUCCAGCAUCAUCGCCAACAGCAGCAGCAUCCUCAGGACGAUGACGACACACCGACGGCCGGCCCAUUGCGUAUCCGAAACCUCGAAGAUCUAAUACGACAACUGGAGCAUCACUCGUCACGCCACAUGAGCCCCAGCGGGUCCGAAGAUAUCCGCAUGUCCGAAACCGAAGUCGAUCGCCACUAUAGAGUAGAUAGUUCAGCCGCUUGUAGUGAAUCAUCGCAUGGCUCAAACCAACAACUAGCUCAAUCGCAGAAAACUGCCACUAUACUGCCGCCCUACAGUAGCCGCUGCCGUCAGCCACGAUCCGACGACGAGUCCCGGUUCUCGUACGGUGGUGGCCCCGGAAGCAGCGGUACCGGCCGCUACCGCCAUCCGGCGAGCCGCCACCCAGCACACCAAUCACACUCGCCCCAUUCGCCUCAUUCGUUCGCCCAUCACACCCACCAUGGGCACGCCCACGGACACUCAUCGCACGCGGGCCACUCCUCGCAUCACUCGUCCCACACGCAUCUACACCAGGACGACGAAGGCAUCUACGAGAGUGCCGAUCCGCACCCGGUCCAUCCGGUGCACUCGCACGAUCGCAACGCACUGAGCGACCAGCGCGACACCAACGAUAGCGAAAGUGAUGACUUAUUUCAAGCUCAACAACAGUUAGCCCGAUGGGCGAGUGAGGACGUGGUUUCCGUGGUGGUAAUGGAGCAAGGAUCGGAUUCGUCCCACGCGCAAGGUCCAUCAUCAGCCAGUACCAUGCACGGCCAUAUUCAACAACAUCCAUCGCAUCAGCAACAGCAGUCGCAUCACGACAGCCAUCCUACCACCAACAACAGCAACACCACCAGCAGCAACGUCAAUGGAGUACAAGCAAUGGGCAGCUGUCACAAUAUCAACAGUUUGAGCCACCAACUGGUGAACAGCAGAGACUACUAUCCUUCGCCACCCUCCACCGAGACCGAGAGCAGUGGAAGCGUAAUCCAGCCGCCGUCGAGACGUGGACCCAUUAUGCCAGGCCCCGGACCAGACGGAAAUCAUAUAAUGGAGAGUACAGGUCGCUAUCCCGAAUAUAAACACUGAUAGUAGCUGAACGGGAUUUGAUCUUGUCACAAAUUGAAUCCCCACUAGUAGAAGAGAACCUAACAAAAAACAGUGUUUAUUAUCAUCAACAUCAUCAUCAUCUAGUCGAAUUUAUGCUACCGCAAAAUGGCGCCUACGUGACUAAUGUGAAAACAUAAACCUGAAAUGAAGCGUAUUAUAUAUAUAUGUAUGAGUAAUGAAAAAAAAAAGAGGAAAGCCGCUUACCGCAAAACAAUUCCAAAUGCAAACCAGAAGCCCGUUGAGAACAAUAUUCAAAAAACAAACAAAAAAACACAAAGUGUUCACCAUUAUCUCAUCGCAGCAAGCCCUGCCACCGGGAGACCCGGGGCAUCAUUGAGUAACCUCUCCUAAAUCAUCGCGCAUGACGUUUCGUUCACUUACGUUCACAUGAAUACAAUAGAACAUUUUGCUCACCGGCAAAACCAAACAGUAGCAAGCAAAAAAAACACUGUAUAGGAUAUGAAAAAUUGAAUAAACUUCCUCUCAAACCCCGCCUCGGUCGAUCGGAGGACGGUCGUCGAGAAAGGACUAUAAAUGGUGACCUGUUUUUAUCAGGCCGCUUGUGAAUAUAUUAAAAACAAAAGCAAAACCACAUAUAGACACACACACACUAACACACAUACACUUACCACGAUUCGCCCAUCAUCGACGUUCACAAAAGGCAGAUGGGGACAACAAACUGGCUAGGAAAAAGUAACACUAAAUCAGAAUAAAUUGUACAGAAAUUUCUAUCACCCCACAGCUCACAGAUACAUACACACACGCACUGCACACUGUACAUAAAAACUUAAACCAAAACAAAAACACACACCUUUUUGCCUGACUGACGACACGUGAACGAAGCGGAAAAUAAUAAACGAGCUCAGCCUUCCAAGUAUGAUGACAGUUCUACAAGGUAUGCUACAUUUUUGUCUAUCCACGCACACAAACAAAUCUCGUUAUGAAAAAAUUCGCGUUUUGUAUGGAAUUCAGAACAUUUUUGGAAAUUUCUCGUUUUAUGUUGUUUUAUAUCUAAUUUUUUUGGUUGGAGAGUGAAUCUCCAGUUGAAACACACUAGAAAUUGAUAUUAAUUUAGAUUUAGUGUGAAAAACUGCGACAAUAUGUCGAAAUAAAAUAUAUAAAAAUGCUAUAUUUCUAAUAGUUGGAGCAUAAUCUUAGUCAUUGUCAUAGCUCAUGACUUUUGUUACUGUAUGAAACAAAAGCGACUCUAUUUAGAAGCGCUAUUAGAGUACAAGAAAAAAACGAAAAGUGCAAAAAGGUUACUGGCAAAUUGAUGAAAAACAGCAUAUUUCACCUAAACCGCAGCAUGUUUAUGUAUUCCUCACAAAUAAAACAUGUUUCAACAUCAUUUCUAUAACUUUUCAGGAAAGUAUGUUUUAUAAGUUUAGUUUAAAAUGCAAAAUCAUUUCAAAUUUCAUACAAAAUUGGAAAAAGUUCAUAACGAUCACUAAUACUAAUGCAUCGACGUGAAUAGCAUACCUUGUAGAACUGUCAUCAUACUUGGCUCAGCCAUGAUUUGCUUGAUUGUUUUCAACCGACCGAGGGCACAAUAAACACACACACGAGCACACGGUACAAAACAAUUACCGGAUGGUCGAAGCGAACGGGCGAGCUCUGGGAAAAUUAUGUUCCGGACUCGUAAAUUGAAAAACUAAUCGGCCUGCUAGGAUGGUUUACGGGCUGCCAGUCACCUGCCCAGUCACUGCACUGCAGCAGUGCCAUAUUCACCACAAUUGAGUUGUGGGAGGUUUUCACUCGAGUUGUUACAUACUGAUUUGUCGUUUGUUUUAGGCUUAAGGUAUAUGCUCUAUUUCAAAUUCAACAUUAGCGCUGAGAGUAUUCCUGAGACUAUUUACUAAUAAUUAUUUGAUGGAAACCCAAAGCUAACGGCUUUCAUGAAAGCUAAAUUGAAAAAAAAGUCUUGCGGUUGCUUCUUUACCGUUGGCUAACGGCCUCUCUCACAGUUUCUACUAUUGUUCAGUAGAUGUCGUACACGAUUUAGCCUAGAGGGUCGUCUGAUGUUAAGUGGUGCAAAACUGAGAUAGUUUAUAAUAGAGUCAAUGUAUCAUUAGUCUGGCGAAAUGAAACACUACGAAACUGACGCAGCCUACGUUUUCAGCCCAAAAACCUCGCUCCAGACAUAAGAUUAUUUAGUCCCUAGAUAAGCAAUGUUGCUAGUGUGUCCAUUGUGUGCGAGGCAUAUCUUGUUGCACAAAAGAUCCCAAGCACUAGAGUCGAUUUGUCGCGGUUCGACUUGAAAACUGCUUCGAGAAUCAUGAUCUAUGUAGUAGCCCUACCUCUAUUUUAAGCUUUCCUGGCAAGACUAAAGACCUAGACUUAAAGUUUGGCCGACUGAAUUUCCGUCGAUAUGGCAGCCAUUCUAAAAUUUCAAAAAACUAGCAACAUUGCAAAAAAUAAAAGUAAUUACAUGACUACUCAUCGUUUUUUGUUUCAGUUUGUUUUGCUACAUAUAGUAGUAAAAAAAAGAAGUAUUGUUUUCUAUUUUGUUCAAAUCGAACAUCACGAUACAUCUUUCCUUUUUUUUACAUCGAGUUUCAUCUCUAUGUUUUUCGCAUUUUGUUAUUACUAAAUCACAAUACUUCCCAACUACUGAGACAAACUUCACUUGUCAAACAUUCUUAUGUUCGAUUGGAAUGAGUUUUGACAGUUCGAUUGGAAGUUUUCAGUGCGUCAUUUCAAAACUGAUAAUUAUUCUUUGUUUGCGCAGUUCAAACAAAUAUGAAAAAGUAUUCUUUUCAGAAGGAACAUAUAGGUGCAUACAGUUAAAAAUAGACUGUAUUCAACAAUGGGAAAGAUUAUGGAUGAGCACUUCGAAAGUGAAACUGAAUCGUAAAACAGUUCAUGUUUGUAUAUGAUUUUCUUAAUGGACGGCCAUGGAUAAUUUUCUUUAUAUAUAUGCGCUUGAAUGCAUGCUGUAAAUUAUCGACAAACAUCACUCAAAAUAUAAAUGCAAAAUUUUUCAUUGAUAAUAAUAUUUUUUGCCAGUGGCCCAGCGAAUCUUAUCAUUUGACGUAAAUUAUUGAGUGCAUCGAGUAUUUCAUAUGAUUUUCGGAAUUUCCCCUAUCUGAUAGAUCUGAAUAAUAAAUCAUCUGAUAAGGGUUCGACGAUUUCGUUCAGUGUAACGACGUUUGAACUUACGUUCCCAGCAGAUCAACUCUAUACAGUGAUGAUUCGCUCGUUGAUGUUCGUUAGUUGAGGGUUCGUUAGUUGGGUGUUCGCUAGUUGGGCUGUCAUCCAACUAAAAAGCACUCUAAUGUCAGAAUUCAACGCCAUUCAAAUGCAUUUCAGGGGUCCGGAAAGUGAAAAAAAAUAUUACUAAAAUAACUUUGUUUAAAAAAAUGUGUAAACAUGUUCAAUUAUUACGCUUAAUACAUUCAGCAUUGAUAAGUUUGUUUUUCAGCGCUAUUAGCUGGACACUUCUGGCAUAAUCAAUCGUGUAAUUUGAAAAGUACAUGUUAUACAUUUACAACAUUUUGUGUGUAAUUUAGAGGUUUAUUGUUCGGUUGUUUGUUCUAUUAUUUCUUCAACGCCUUCACCGGAAAUAUACAGCGUAGCGAUCGUCCAUUUUUUAAGUAAGAAGAAGAGUGAUGUGCUUGCGCUUUAUCAUUUGGCUUCUCGUUGGAUUUUUUGUAUGAAAAAUUGAUGGAAAAAUACAUAAAAUAUUUACUACAGCAGCAAGACAGAUGAGCAAAGUUCAUUUUUUGACAUAGUUUUACCGCAAUGAAAUUAGAAAAAAUUUACAAAGCAGGAAGAAAAUAAACAAUCGGCGCUCCUCUUUGAAAAAUUUGCCCAGUUGUCAGUUCAUCCAACUAACGAACACGAAUCGCUAGUUGGGUGGCAGUCGUGUUCCAACUAACGAAUUUCGGCUGUACCUACAUAACCUAUUGAAAUCGAGCGACGCCAGCGACAUUACUUAUCCAGGGACUAAAUAAUCUUAUCUUCAGACUUAAUCAAACUCAUUUAUUACUAUUAGCUGUUCUGUUCCAAAGACUCGAGUGAAUUAUGAUUCACCAAUUUACGAUUAAAACUUCCAGCUUUUAAUUCGUUUAAAACAAAAAGUACGCGAGCGUCAAAAUCAACACACUAGCGUUUAUUUGAAAUUUUACGUUUAUCAAUCACGAUCAAGGUUUACAGAGAGAGAAAGAGAUUAAACAUAGAUUUAAACAUAGACUUUAAGUCUAAAGUCGAAAAAUUAAAAAUGUUUCGAAACAUUUUUGGAAGCUUUCGAAGGUUCUCAAGAAAUCUUCAAAACCUAUUCCAACAGGUGAAGUUGGUAAUCAUUUUCUUUCAACCCAUAUAUUUAAAAUUAUAGUUAAAAUUUCAAAUUCAAUUUGAAAUAAAGCCAUUCGUCAAUUCAAUCAAAUUUGUACUUAUGAUUUUUUGUCUGAAAAGGUAAUUGAAUUUGAGAAUAGAACAUUCAUUAAAAACUUCAAAAAUAUGGAAGCACCUAGAAUGGGGUCUUAUACAUUUUCAUUGAACAUCACUCUGAGAGCGCAAUACAAAUUUUGAAGAAAACUUUCAAUAACUAUGAUGAUUUUGAAUGAUGUCACACAUCAAUGAAAAUUCAAUUCAUGCAGAUGAACAAUAUGGUUAUUCCAUCUGACUGCUGCUCUUCGAGACAUAAAAACGACACUAAAUUAGCGUAUGGUAUAAGGGUAAAAUUGCGAUUCAGAAAAUAUUCAUUCAAAAUCUGAGCAAAGCAGAUGUGCCCCAAGGUUCUUAAUCUUGAGUCCAAACCGGUACAACAGGUCAGGUGUGGGAGAUAACACAAGCAUUUCCGUAAAGGAAAUGUCUUUGUGCCACAUGCAGUCGAUUGCAGAAAAGUUUAAAUAGUUUUUCAAACUACUUGCAAAAGUAAAAAGAAAUCCACUAAUGCUUCCAAAACUCAAUUAAUCAUUUUUCUUCAUAAGCCUUGAGCUCAAACCAAACAAUAAUUUCAUAAUCAAAAUAGAUGGUGUUAUUUUUGAUUUGUCUGAGACUAAAUGACGUUAAAAACUUAUUUUCACAGAUUAAAUACAUUGAAAGUAUCCAAGUCAAAUAGGAAAUUAAGAUUACACGCAAAACUUUUCCUUAUUACUUUAGAAGCAAUAGCGCAAAAUUGCCUUUUGGGUAACAAACCUAUUACUUAAAAGGCAAUAAAAUUCUUCCCCAGUCGAGUAACAACACAUACUGUCAUAUAUUUAGCACGUGUUACGGGAGAACGACUAUCUAAUAAUGGUCGUUUCAACCACAUGCAAACUUUUUUCUAUCGCAAAAUGCUCCCUUUCCAUCUCAAGUAAAAAAAAAACCACACACCGUCUCAUAUGUUGCACAUGUUAGGCCUCUGCCAGGCUGAAUGCCAACGCGAGCGAUCGGGCGAGAUUCU